AUGGAGCUGACAAGAGCGACCGUCUCCGCUGUCUUCCUGCUGCUUGCAUUUGGAUCAUCUAAUGCCAAAGUUGAGGAGGAGAACCCAGAGUUCUGGAGGUCGCAGGCCCAGAAGACUUUGCAGUCAGUGCUGGACAGGAAGCUCAACACCAAUGUGGCCAAGAACAUCCUGUUUUUCCUUGGAGAUGGUAUGGGAAUCACAACCUACACGGCGGCUCGUAUCCUCAAGGGACAGCUGCAGAACCAGAAUGGAGAGGAGACAGUGAUGACCAUGGACACCUUCCCUAAUGUGGGACUAGCCAAGACCUACAGUGUGGACUUCCAGAUUGCAGACAGUGCAGCCACAGCCACAGCGUAUCUGUGCGGAGUGAAAACCAACCUGAACACCAUCGGUGUCAGUGCAGCAGCUCGCAACGGAGUCUGCAAGUCUCAGAAAGGCCGCGAGGUCACGUCCAUCCUGAAGUGGGCCAAAGAUGCUGGCAAGUCUGUCGGCAUUGUAACAACCACGCGAGUGCAGCAUGCCACCCCAGCGGCCACCUACGCCCACACCGCCAGCAGGAAGUGGUACAGUGACGCUGACAUGCCUGAUGGUGCCCGCAGGGACGGCUGCACCGACAUCGCCGCCCAGCUCCUCCAAAACACAGACAUAGAUGUGAUCAUCGGUGGAGGUAGAAAGUACAUGACCCCUAAGGGCACCAAGGAUCCAGAAUACCCCCUCGACUUCUCCUCCAGGGGCAAGAGAAAAGACGGACGCAACCUCAUCGAUGAGUGGCAGAGCAUGAAAGCUGGGAAGGUAGCCCACUAUGUGUGGAACAAAACAGAUUUCACUGCUGUUGACCCUGAAACCACAGACUACCUCAUGGCUCUGUUUGAACCCGGUGAUCUGCGCUUUGAUGUGGAGAGGGACCCGAGUAUGGACCCGUCUAUCGCCGAAACUACAGAAAAGGCCAUCCGCAUCCUCCAGAAAAACCCUAAAGGCUUCUUCCUGCUAGUGGAGGGUGGGCGUAUCGACCAGGCUCACCAUGCUGGCCGGGCGUCCAUGGCACUCCACGAGGCGGUUGCUCUGGACUACGCCGUCGCCAAGGGCCUGGAACUCACCAACGAGCAAGAAACUCUCACGAUAGUGAUGGCCGACCACUCCCACCCCGUUACCUUCAAUGGAUACCCGUUUCGAGGGCAGAGCAUUCUGGGUAAAUCUCCCCUGUGGGCUAAAGACAUGCUGCCUUACACCACACUGAUGUACGGCAACGGACCAGGACACAAAACCGCCAACGGCAGGCGGCCAGACAUCCGCGAUGUCGACACUAAAACUAAAGACUACAUCCAACUGUCUGCCGUCCCCGUAGACUCAACCACUCACAGCGGCGAGGAUGUGGCGGUGCUCGCCCGCGGACCCAUGGCCCACCUCUUCCAGGGCGUCCACGAGCAGAACUACAUCGCCCACGCCAUGGCCUACGCCGCGUGCGUGGGCGCCGACCUCAGGCACUGCCAGGGGCAAACCGAGGCACAUACAGUUCACACCACCUUCGCCAACGACAGGAGCGGAGCCGGGGCAGCCUUCGGCUCGGCGGCUCUGCUCAGCAGCCUCCUCAGCGUGCUGGUGCUGAUGUGA